CAGGUGUUUAGCAACGCGUUAAUUAUUUAGAAAUUUUGAAACAGCUCGUAAAAAACUUACUUAUAAGUACAGUUCUAACUAAGAUUGAGCAAUUAGAUUUGACACAUUAAAGAGAAGAUAUGGACCAAAAAUAUUCGAUGGUAGAAAUUGGAAAAAAUGCCGCACAUCCAGUACCUUCUGAUACAGGCUGGAAAGUAAAAGAGAUGGGGAUAAAAAAUAUACCAGGAGUUGUUGAAGAACAGAAACCUUUGGUUCCCGAAAAUGGGUUUGUUACUAACUUUGGCCACUUGAACGAAAUCGAUAUAACUUGGAAAGAUUCUUUAAAACAGAUUUUAGCAUGUGUCGUAGCGCAUUCCGUCGUAAUACAGGCUGGCAUAAACAUGGCAUUCAGUGCCGUUUUACUACCACAACUAUACGAAUCUAAAAGUGACAUCCAAAUCUCAAUAUCCGAAGGAUCUUGGAUAGCCAGUAUAGUAGCGAUUGCGCUGCCAUUAGGGUCACUCACUAUAGGUCCCUUAAUGGACAGAUUUGGGCGAAGAAAAAUGUGCAUACUAACGAACAUUCCGUUCGCGAUCGCUUGGUUGUUGCACUAUUACGCUAAGAACGUCUGGUUUAUCUUUUCAGCACGGAUUAUUUCAGGAUUCAGCGGAGGUUUGACUACAGUCGCUUUGGUAUAUGUGAGCGAAAUAACUCAUCCAAAAUUGAGGCCAAUGUUGCUGGGGUUGAAUAGCGUGUUUGUGACUUUCGGAAUUCUCCUGACAUGUGUUUUAGGGUCUUUUCUUCAGUGGAGGACAAUGAGUUUCAUAUAUUUCAUAAUCGUCCUCUUGACGUGUAUUUCGAUGUGUUUGGUAAUACCCGAGAGCCCCCAUUGGUUAGUAACUUUCAAAAACGAUACACAAAACGCUGCUAAGUCCGUCCAUUGGAUAUAUUCAAGAAAUUAUGCGUUGUGCGAGCAACAGCUCCAGAAGAUAAUAGACACAAAAAAUCAGGCUGAAAAUGAACCCAACGAAAAGUCGGUGUUGCUGAAGAUGAAGAAAAACUUACGCGUUUACAGAGAUCCUAUCGUGUACAAGCCUCUUAUAACUCUCAUUAUUAUAUUUAUCUUCCAGCAAAUCUCCGGGGCCUACGUUAUUAUUUUCUACGCCAUCGAACUUUUCAAAAAAAUUGGGGGUUAUUUCCAGAACGGUAUAGACGAGUUCGUAGCUCUAGUUCUAUUGGGAGUUAUAAGGUUCGUCAUGUCGAUCGUAUCGGCGUUAAUUUCGAAAAAGGUCGGUAGAAGGAAACUAAUGUUUAUUUCUUCGGUGGGAAUGUGUAUAACGAGCUUAGUCGCCGGUUUGUACAUGUAUUUGACGCUCAUACCGGAACAGGAGUACGAGAAACUAAACAUUAAAAACGAUAUUUCCAACGAUAACAUUCCAUUGUACUGCAUUUUGAGUUAUGUUUCUUUUAGUUCGUUGGGUGUUUUGGUCAUUCCGUGGACGCUAAUCGGUGAAUUGCUGCCUGUGAAGGUAAGGGGGAAGCUGGGCGGGUUUCUUAUUUCGUUCGCUUACGUUAUUAUGUUUGUAGUAGUUAAAAUGUUCCCGUAUCUGUUAAAUACUUUUAGUUUACAGUAUUUGUUUUAUUUAAUGUCCGUUAUUAGCUUGUUUAGCUUUGCGUUCUUUUAUUUCUUCCUCCCGGAAACUCUGGGCAAAUCGUUCAGUGAUAUCGAAAAAUAUUAUGUAAAAAGUGGUGAAUAAAAAAUACUCAUAUU